AUAUGGAGAAAUUUUGGAUAUCCAAUUGGUUCGUGAUAAAAAGACCGGGGUUUCAAAAGGAUUUGCAUUUUUGAAAUAUGAAGAUCAAAGGAGCACUAUCUUGGCCGUCGAUAAUUUAAAUAACAUUAAUCUCUUAGGGCGUACAAUAAGGGUGGAUCAUGCAAGUAACCAGACCAAAGACGGCCAGCGCAGAACUGGCAUGAACGCAGCACCGGAAAUAUUUAAAGAUGAUUCUGAAUCCUCGGCUAGCUCAGAGGACGAAUUUGCGGACAAGGUUGAUCCUGAUGACCCGAUGCGAGAUUAUCUUAUCAAAAAACUUAAAAAAGAAAAGAAAAGAGCGAAAAAACGUGCCAAGAAAGAAAAGAAAGACAAGAAGGAAAAAAAAGUGAGAAAAGAUAAAUGA